GGACGCCAUCAGAGCGCAUUAGCGACGGCGAGCAAUGCCGUCCGGCCGUCUCCCAACUCCCGUUCCAUCCAUGGCCGUGAGUCGCCAUCCGUUCUACUAGCUAGAACGCUGCCAUGGCUGCUGGAGUACGUCGCAGCGUUUAGCUCCCACCUCCCCUGUCCAUCCCCUAUAAAUACCGUCGCCAGUGGCGGUCGUCGCCAUCCCAUGCCAGCCAGUGCAAGGCAGCUGCUACUGCUAGCAUUGCAUCCUCUGCUCUCAUCUCUGAACUAGCUAGCAACAACAAUGGCGGCGAGCAAUGGCGCCCCCCUGGUGGUGUUCGACUUCGACAAGACCAUCGUCGACUGCGACAGCGACAACUGGGUCGUCGACUCCCUCGGCGCCACCCGCCGCUUCGACGACCUCCUCCGCCACCUCCCAUGGAACCACGCCAUCGACGCGAUGAUGGGGGAGCUGCACGCGGAGGGCAGGACGGCGGAGGACGUCGCGGCCUGCCUCCGGGCGGCGCCGCUGUCCCCGCACGUCGCGGCGGCCAUCGAGUCCGCGCACGCGCGCGGGUGCGAGCUCCGGGUCCUCAGCGACGCCAACGCCUUCUUCAUCGAGACCGUCCUCGCGCACCACGGCCUCGCCGGGUACUUCUCCGGCACCGACACCAACCCGGCCCACGUCGACGGCGCCGGCCGCCUCCGCAUCCGCCCCUACCACGAGUUCGCCGCCCCGGCCCCCGGCCACGGCUGCGCGCUCCCCUCCUGCCCGCCCAACAUGUGCAAGGGCAAGGUGAUGGAGCGGAUCCUCCAAGAAGAAGAAGAGGCGGCGGUGGCGGCGAGGCGGCGUCGGAGAGCGGUGGUGUACCUCGGCGACGGCCGGGGGGACUACUGCCCGUCCCUAAAGCUGCGGGAGGGCGACUACGUGAUGCCGCGGGCGGGGUACCCCGUGUGCGACCUCAUCGGGGGGGCGCCGCCGGCCGCCGCCGUGCGCGAGUGGGACGGCUUCGAGGACCUCGCCAGAGUGCUGCUCGGCAUCGUCGACGACGAGAUCGCCCGCGCCGCCGUGACGACGACGACGGAACAGGAUGAUGCCGCCGCUAUGAACGCCGCCGUCGUCGGCGCGGUCGUCGUGCCGGACUGCCGCGCGCUGCCGGCGCGUCAGGAGGCGGCGCUCCUGCCGCAGGCGGUCCGCGUGCCCAACUGACCGCCGCCUCGCCGGAGUGGAGGAUCGUGUGUCGAAUAACUCCAGCCUCCUCCAUUGAUUACUAGGAGUGCGUGCGUACGUGUACGUGGCUCGCUCGAGAGCUCUGCAGUAGCGUGAGGGAGAGAUUUUCCUUGACCGAAUCACGCAGGAAUUCUGCCUGCAGCAUGAUGUGCUGCUUGACUGCGUCACCUCAAACUGAAAGCCUUUUAAGCGUGUACCAGUACCAUGAUACAGUAUAUAUACACCAUCCAGAGCCGAGAGACAUUCUCAUAUAUGUGUCUACGGUGAAAUACUAAAUCUUGUGUUAUUUUCUUUGCAAAA